ACCGGACGUGCCUGCCUUGGAGUAAAUAAAUAUUUUCUUAUCAAGUAAUAGCGAUAAUUAUUAUUGUAUAUUACUCUUCUAAUUCAUUUAAUUAUUAUUUAUUUAUCUCACGGUAACCAGUUGGCUUAAUCAUUAAUACAGUUAAAGAUAUACUAUGCUAAGUAGCAAUAUUUAUAUUGUGGUACGUUUAAAUUAAUUUUAAACAAUAAUGUCUACGCCAGUAAUGAAAGCCGCGCUUUCACUACGCAGCUUUUUCAUCUUUAAUUCCAGCUUCGGACCAAAAGAAGGCGAGGAAGAGAAAAAAAUACUAUUCUAUCACCCACAAGAAACCGAUAUCGAUUCUAAAGUAAAGGAUGUUGGACUUUGCGAGGCGAUUAUCAAGUUUAGCAGCACAUUUACUACCGACGAGAGUGUUCAGGCUCUGCAUACUCAAAAAACCUGUCAGUUAUACCACCAACCGGAACCAGGCUUCUGGAUGGUUAUGAUACUUAAUGUACCGUUCGAAAGGAAAAGUCGCGAUUCGGGAGAUUACAAUGAAUACCACGGAGAUGAUAUUCACGACAUUGUUUAUCGAGCGGUACUGAAGCAUUCCUAUCGCUUGUUUCACCUGUUCAAUGGUACCUUUGAGAGUAACCUAGCAGGGGAAGACCUCAGCGCCGUUGCCAAUUUAAUAGGACAUUUAGAAGAGUUCUAUGGCAAAUACAUUCUGCAACUGAAGCUAAAAGAUUGUGACGUGCUUGACGCAUUGGGUAGUGUUCAGUAUCUUCCAUUGAACCAGCUGCUAUUUUUGAGGGUUCAGAAUUUCAUCAACAUGAUUGAGGCUACGUUCGAACCGAUCAAGCAAUGCAUUUUCCUUUAUGAUGAACACAUAAUAUGGAGUGGAAUUAAUCCGACUGACCUGUACACGAUCUACGAGUACCUGAAUGGUUCAAUGUUCUCCAAUUCCCCCGGACAGGAACGUUCCCGUAAAAUUCACAUUAAAAUAGCGGGACAAGACAAGGCUUUUAACUUCAUGGUUUGCAGAAAAGUGCAGCACAUUACCCUGUGUCUAUUUCUGGAACCAGUAGAAAAUGAACAGGCUCUUUAUCAUGAGCUGAACGCUGUGAUAAAUCCGCAGCUGACCAGUAUCUCGUCGGAUAUUACCCAACACCUUUCACAACAGUCUUGCCUGGAAAAUGGAUCCAGCAAGGAUGAUUGCUCAUCAACCCCGAAAUUUAUCUUUUUCAACGAACUGAACCUGCACCACAGAGGAACGGUUCGAUUGGGUAUCCAGAAAAAAUAUCAAUCGGGUGGAAGUAUUCCGCAUGAUGUGAUGAACUUGAUUGUCGACUUGCUGAACGAUUCUAGAAAGAACAACUGCAACAUUGUGGAGGAAACCAUUCUUAAGACCCACGAAGAUUUUUGGGUAGUGAAGCGAAGUUGUAACUCGAGGCACGUGUUUAUAGUGCUGAACAAAAGUUCCACGCUGAUAGAUGUCAGCGAAGAAACGAAGCGGAUUCUGGACCAAAACAUGAAGGGGGUGUUCUUUUGAGAGGUAGCUUGUGCCCUAUAAUUAGAAUUCUAUCCCCAUAAUUAUAAUUCGAAGGCAUUGAUUUGUUUUAACAGAUACAAGUCAGAGCAGAUGUAUAUUUAGAACUAUCAUAAUUGUGAAUAAUAUAUUAACAAUAAUAUACUAGGUAUAAAAUGACAGAAAAGCAACAUUCGGAAUAAAAUAGUGACAUGCCUAUAUACUUUACUUACCAAUCAGUAAUAAGACCGUGAUGUCUUGCUGUAACAAGUAGUUGACCCCUGUUCACUCAUCCAUUAC